AUGAUCCUCCCUCCAAAUACUGCAAAAAAUGAGGCACUCUUAGAAAACGUAUUAGUCAUGAUUGUAUGCAUUUUAACUAAAAUACCUGUAUUUAUUAUCGGAUCUCCAGGAUCUUCGAAGUCUUUGGCUAUUCGACUUGUUAGUCAAAGUUUGCGUGGAUCAGACUCCAAUGAUCAAUAUUUCAGACGAUUGCCACAGAUAUAUAUAAUUCCGCAUCAAGGAUCAUCAUCUUCAACAUCUGAUGGCAUUUUAAAUGUUUUUGAAAAGGCACAAAAUUUUCAGAAUACAAGUUCUGAAGAGUUCCCUGUAAUUAGUGUAGUGUUACUUGAUGAAGUAAAAGUAGUAGGGCAUUAUUAG